AUGCUGUCACCACAUCUCACAGACCAGUAUCCUAUUCUAUCACUCCCUCGGGUCAAGGAAGUUUCACUUUCACAAAAAUUGGCCAUUCCACAACUUCGCCAGACUGACGGAUCAACGUUGUCAUCGUCAUCGUCGUCUUCUUCAGUCAUCGAUUUCGGUGUGCUGAAUUCGAUGCUUGCUUCAUACAUAACCAAACCCAGUCCCAAGUUGAUUUGGUCCUACUCCAUAAAGCCCACUGUCUCUAUUACAUGUAUUGAUGUAUGGCAAUCGAGUAAGGCAAGGAAAUUGUAUGUGGUGGGUCUUGCGGAGAGGAAAAAAUCACGUAUCUUGGUCGUUGAAACUGAUAAUGCCUCAACUGAAGACGGUAGUUUCCUGAUAACCACUGUCAAUGAGAAAGAGCUUAGUCUCGGGAAGGACAGUGUCGUUGCGGUGAAAUUUUUAUCUGAUACAGAAAUUGUUGUUGUAUACCAAUCGGGAUCAGUCCAUAUAGUAAAAAAUGAAAUCGAGUUAUCGAUUGCGACCAAGUUUGAAAGUGAGGGAAAUGUCAUCUACAGCACAUUCAUAACAGAUUUGGAGGAUGCUUUGUUAUUGACAGUAUCUCAGUCGACAUCGGCAUUAACCUACAAUCUCGUUUCAAUCACUGCAUCAAGGAUACUCCCUAUUCAAUCGCAUCAAGCCAAGCCACUCACGGCUGUAUUUACCUACAACUCAGGUAUACUAUACCAGUAUCAUGACGGUGUUGUUGACUCCAUCGCAAUCACAAAUUUCCACUUACAAAAGACAAUUUCGGUUGCUUCUAUCCUCAAAACCGAUGAGCUCGUCUCCAUGACUUCGCCUGCCCCAGAUCGUUUAUUGUUGGGUAACGCCAACAUGAUUUACCUUUUGAACUUUAAGUAUGAGGCAAUCUUGGCCGAAUUCAAGUCAGUUUCCAGUUCGUCCAAUCCUAUUCCUGACAAAGUGUACGUCAAUCAAGUUGUUCCAGUUAAAGGCUCAUCACAAUCAACCCAAACAACAAGAGCUUACUAUAUCAAUUUGAAAAACAAGGACAACAACGUUUAUUUGAAUGUGAUUGAUGUCAAUGUUGGCUUGAACAAGUUGAGCGAAUGUCUUGGAAAGUCAAUUGAGCAGAGUGAACUUACAUUCAGUCAAGUCGUGGACUUGUACAACAACAACAAAGAAGAAGAAGAGGCAGAUACUGUUGCUGAUGAACUUGACCAAGUUUACCAGAGCUUGAAACAAGCUUGCGAUGCAAGAGAUGUAAAUAAAUGGGAAUCUAUUCUCAUCCCGUAUUUGAAAACCCACAAAUCUUGGCAAGAAAUUAAAAAAUCCAAACCAAAAACAAAGACAAAGACGUACCAGUUUAAAGAAUUUGAUGUGGAAAAUGAUCGUAUUGUGGAUAUCAACUUUAUAAACUCCAUCUUUGAUCUAAUCUUCACGACCAACCCUUUACAAUUCAGAGAUACCGAGUUCAUUCCGGAGUACACGCUAAUGUACCUACUCACUAGUCCGAUCUACUCCAAAGAACAUACAACCAACUUGGUUCAACUUUUGAAUGAUACAGGCAACACCACGCUACUCAAACAAGCAAUAAAGACAUGUUCCAAUAUCCCAUUGGGUGAUUUACUUGUCCAGUUUGUCAUAACUGAAGAUGUAGACAUUUUCAUUGCGUUGAUUGAUCGUAUAGUGGAUGAUUUUGCCACUGCUGAAAUUACCUCGAGCUUGAAAACAGUUAUAUCUCAGUACUCAACCGAUAUCAUUGCCUUAAUCAACAAGAUUAUAUCCACCUCAAAUAACAAGGGAUGGGUUAUAAUUGAAAUACUCGUCGAUAUAAAUGGACUAUUCAACUGGAGUCAGGAAAAUGUGUCUCGGUUGAAUCAAAUCAUUGACGAAAAGUUGGCGAACAUGGAUAUCAACGCAUACAACUUGACCUUGGUUGAUCAAGUGCAAUUGAAGAGAAAUCAAUUGAAAAAGAAUAAAGAUGUGUCUGCAAAUGGAGUGUUGACAAUUACUGACCAAACUUAUUUGAACAAGAAGGUGGAAUCGGAUUUGAACGAGGAGAUUCCAUUGUAUUCUAUAGAAAGACUAGAAAUUUAA